UAGACUCAUAUAAUGCAGUUCAGCAGCAUUAAUAUAAGUCAAACUGCAUUAUAUGAUAGUGUUGAUGGGGCCCAAGCCCCAUUUUUAGAUAUUCUUUAUACUGGAAUUAUUACAAGACCAGAAAUGAAAAAUGUAACAUUUACAGUACAAUAUAUGAAUCAUACAGCCAGAAUUACCCAGAGCAUGGCGAACUCUACAGUGCAGGUUGUUACAGGACUUUUGCUCCACCUUCUCCCUCCAUCUUUGAUUUCACUCACUUCUUCCAUGCCCAGUAUGAAACCUUAAUUCUUUGUCCUCUGCUCUCUACAGCACAUGGCUGCUAGUAAUUGUCUCUACAUUUCGACCAAUCAGAUAGAUAUCCAAGGCUCAAAGCAGGACAGCUAUCCUCAUGGCCCUCAUUGCUCCAAUGGGGAAAUGAAGGCCACAUCUACACUCUUAGAUAAUGCAGUGUGGUGGUUGCAUUAGCUUGGGACAUCCAAAUGAGGUACCUAGGCGAAUGCAGUUUAACCUGGGGCAAUCCUUUUACUCUGGCUUGCACUUGGGUUCUAAAAAAUCGGACAAUUUGUGGGUGCUCUGCCAGUGCAUGAUCCCAGAUGGUGUCCCCACACUCCCUGAGUUUAGGCAUCCCCUGGAGGUGCAAUGGCAGUGCCCUGCGAGCCUCCCUGUACCCAGAUUACCCACCCAAGAUAGCUGGGAAUCAUUUUUACCCUUUGCUGGAAAUUGCCUUCUUCCAGAAUAGCCCUCACUGGUGACACUACAGACCUUUGGAGAGGAGAGAGGGCAUCCCGCUCUAAAACCCUAUUACAUCAUCAACGUUUAAAAGGCUUGCUAUUUUUGGGGGGUAUGAAAUGAGAUGAAGGAAGACUUGGGAAGCUGUGCCCGUGCCCAGCUAUGCCAAACCUGCAUAGAGCCCCAAGAUGGAGCUCAGAACCGGCAGUGAGUAGAGUACAUCUGAAAGUAGGCAUUUCAUUGUGAAGCAUGCCUCCAUGACUACAGUGCAACGUCUACUUAAGACGUCUACUGUUGCUCAGCCCAGGUUUUGCUUUGACAUAAGAGCAGCAUUUUCAGUUAAGAGCUAGUGCCAGUGGGAGUGGUGCUAAGGUGAGAGGGAGUGCUAGUGUGAGAGUACAGGACUUUAGAGCUUCAAGGGAGCAGCCUCCACGCCUUGUCCGCUUUGGGAGAUUGCUGUCCACUUUGAUCUUGUCUGCUUUGGAAAUGUUUCUUCUACUUCUACUCUUGCCCUUGUCUGCCAUAUUGCAACAAUCUCUAGGAGAGUACCCAGGCAUAGCAACAGAUCUCCCUGAAAAAAUACAAAAAGAGAUUGUUGACAAAUUUAAUGCUAUCAGGAGAGGAGUGCAGCCAUCUGCAAGCAAUAUGGUGAAAAUGAAAUGGAGUGAUAAAGCUGCCGAUAAUGCUAAAAUAUGGGCCCGAAAGUGCAUUGCAAGAGCCGCUCCACAAGAAGAACGCUUUGUAGAUGGGGUCCUGUGUGGGGAUAAUAGAGUCCGGUCAACUUAUUCAACUUCCUGGUUAGAAGUAAUUGACUUGUGGAAUCAAAAAUCAUCUAACUUCAAAUAUGGAGUUGGAGCAAUUGACCCCCGCAGAGACAUAUAUGGUUACACUCAGAUGAUUUGGCACAACUCAUAUCUGAUUGGAUGUACAGUUGCCUUCUGCCCAGCAGAAGAGUACAAGUUCUUAUAUGUUUGCCGUUUCUGCCCUGCUGGAAAUUCAAUAGAAGAAAUUGCAACACCCUACAAAGAAGGCCCACCCUGUGGAGACUGCCUCGAUAAUUGUGAGGAUGGACUUUGCACUCAAACAUGUGAGUAUAUGGAUGCCCGUGAAGACUGUAAAACAAUGGUGCUAAUGUUUCCCUGUGAGAAUGUAUAUAUUCAACAAGUUUGCGCUGGCACCUGCAAAUGCCCACCAGGACUUGUAUAAAUGCCUGAACAGUACUCAAGGGAUGUCUUAAUGAAGCAGAUGGAAGUUCAGGAUUAAAAAGAAUUUUUCUUCUCACCUAAAGGAUCAUUUCCCACAUUAUUUGCAAAUAUAGAUAAUUGAUCAAAAUCUGGGUUCUUUUGGGUUUUUUUCUUUGCUUAAUAUUGCCUUAGAAGUCUCCAAAACCAGAUGACCUACAUCCAAGGGUAUUAAAAAAACUAGCAGAAGUAAUUUCAGAACCAUUUCAAAAUCAUUUUUGAUAAUUCCUGGAGAACAGGAGAAGUUUUGAAGCUGUUUUAAUUCCUAAGCAAUUCUGGAAUGUGUUGAUAUAUAUUUUUGAGUAAGCUGGUCAUUAAGGUUUGAUUUAUAUAGUGUUACAUGUUUGGAACUCCAGAAAAGUGUUGAUUUUGUGUUUUGUGUUUUGCUUUAAAAUCAGUGAGGAAUAUUGCUUAAGAAAAUUUCCAAAAUAUUAAUUAUACAACAUUACUUAUUAAAUUUCAUUUGUUUACCCUA